AGAGGAAAAAGUGUAUGUGUGAUAUGCGCGUGACUUCAGUGUUCAAGUUACAUACAGUUUUUUGUUACAAUAAAAAAAUUGUAUAAAUGAUUUUUGUGUUACAUACAAUUAUUAGAAUUACUUUUAGUGAAAUAGUCAUGAACAGGCAAUUCGUUUAUCGAAGUGAGUCUUUGACAUUUGCUCAUGAAGUUUAUUCGAUGAAUUAAUCAACGUCGCAGUUGAUCUAACGUCGUCGUAAGGAUAUUACGGUUUUAUCGGUGAAUAAUAUACAGGUCGUUCUAAAAUAUUCCAAUAACCUCAAAUUUGUGGAAGACGAAUUAAAGAAGGUGCAAAUGACAUGCGAUGUGCAAACGAUGUGCAUCUUAUUGCGUACUCAUAGUAUCUACAAUAUUACAUGUGUGAAUGCAUGUGUUUGCAUGUACGUACAUUUUACGAACCGAUUGAAUGUCCCCUACGUGAUAUACGUAACGCGUUUUCCUGGAUGAAAAAAGAGACAAAAAUAUUAGUUAAUAUUAUUUCAUUCAUUAUAAUGGAUACAUCAAUAUCUCAGGACUAAAUGUAAUAUAUAAUGAGACUCUUAAAUAAAUAUAUGCUAAACUAUUAAAGUUGACAAGACAGUGGACACUUCUGAUACUUAAAAAAAUGAGACAGUGUUGCUUAAGCCACCAACUCCAGUUGUGGCUUAUGUUUCUUGUCUUUUGUGUAAUGUGCAACAAAGCAGAUAUCUUAGUAUUUUCUGCAGCUGCAAGGCAUCAAAUUGAAGAAGAAUUUAGAGACAUGCCUGCCAGAUUUGGAGGUUUGAUACCAUCUGAAGGGAUUAAGGGGAUGGUUGUGUAUGCAGACCCACCUACAGCAUGUCAUGAAAUACAGAGUCCUCCCAAUAGUACCAAUUAUCAUGGUAAUUGGAUAGCUUUGAUUGUUCGUUAUAAUUGUAAUUUUGAAAGAAAAGUACGAAUAGCACAGAAAGCUGGAUAUGAUGCUGUAAUUAUACAUAAUGUAAACAGCAACGAAUUAGAACCAAUGCAAGCUGAAGAUCCUGUAGGAAUAUUAAUACCAUCUGUAUUUGUCAGUGAAAUUACAGGAUUGAUUAUUAAAGAAAAUUAUUUAUAUGAUCAACUGUAUUUUGUACUAAUUAAUGAUGAUACCCCAUUUAAUAUAACGCACUUACUUUUACCUUUUGUUAUUGUUGUUGGGGUCUGUUUUCUAGUCAUGGUUAUCUUUAUGAUUGUUAGAUGUAUUAAGGACAGAAGAAGGCAACGAAGACAUAGAUUACCUAAUUCAAGUUUGAAAAAGAUUCCUACGCACAAAUAUACAAAAGGUGAUCCAUAUGAAACAUGCGCUAUUUGUUUAGAUGACUAUGCUGAAGGAGAAAAAUUAAGAGUUCUACCAUGUGCUCAUGCUUACCAUAUGAAAUGUAUUGAUCCCUGGUUGACAAAAAAUCGGAGGGUUUGCCCUGUUUGUAAACGACAAGUAUUUGCAGCAGAUGAACAAGUUGUUACUGACGAAAGUGAUUCGGAUGCCGACGAUACGACACCUCUUAUUCGUGAAGGUUAUCAAGGCACUCAAGGUGGAACAUUUUCAAGCCAGAGAGAGAAUCCUUUUAACCGUGCUAGAAGAUCGCAAUCAAGACAGCAAGAUGUGGUUCAUUCAAGUAAUAAUUCUGAUUCUGAACAAUCUUUUGACAGUCCAGAUGAGGAAGCUAGAAUGAGUGCUGGUGAACCAUCCAGUGGAACUGUUUUCAGGGUAUUUGAUAUUCAUAGCAUCAAUGGCGAGUUACCAGAAUUGGAAUGUUCUGUGAGCAGUACCAAGCCACAUACAGUGAAUUUAUAUUCGGAUGCUCAAAAGUAUCCAGUUCCUGUCAUUCAAAUUGCAAAUCGCAAUACACGAGCUGUAGCGAAUUCACAAACGUCAAAUUCGGAUGUAUCUAUCGUACCAAUCGAAAGUGAAGCUACAAAUGUCAUUAACACGGAUUCCGGAGAAACCGACAUUUCUGCAUAAAUUAAAAAGUUACAAAAUUUGCUAUAGAUUACUAAUAAUUUGUAACUAUGAAAAGAAAAAGUAUUUUGAAUGCUUUAAAUCUAUUAUUUCAAAGAACUAAAGUGUCCGA